AUGACCCCGAGCCCGGAUUAUUCAGGGCUCAAAUCGCCGGAAUUACACUCUUUGGAGCCUCCAGACGGUCGCAUUGCUCACACAUUAACCGCCUGUACAAGAUGUAGACAGCGAAAAUCCAAGUGCGACCCUGGAAUUCCACGAUGUGCACCCUGCGAACGAAGCAACGCCAAGUGUGUGUAUUACGACUCAACCCGAGAUUCGACCAUACCACGCACCUACAUCGUGACACUUAGAGAAAAAGCUCGAGCGCUGGAACGAAAGCUCGCCGAGGCCGAGAAGGAGAUACAACAUGCCGCCGAUGCGGAGCUGAUGGUGCGGGGCGCCGGACGCAUCCGAUUCAAGGAGAAUGACGAGGCGCGAUAUCUCGGUUCCUCCAGUGGAAUUGCCAUGACCCGUUUGGUCAUGGAGAUGGCCAAGCAAAAUACUGACUCCAAAAGUAUCAAAGAUGUGGUUCCAGAAUUCUCCGCCCAAGAGAUCAAAGACGCCUUUGCUCAGGAAGAUUCAAAACCGACAUCCAAAAUCUACCCCAUGAUCAGCUCAAUUCCACAGCCCGAAUUACCCCCACAAGCCUUGACCUAUAAGUUGAUUGAUCUCUUUGUGGCCAAAUCACAAGCAUUGCUUCCAACAUUACACGAGCCCACGUUUCGACAAGAGGUCGAGGAGGUCUUCAAUGGCUCCACCGACCCCUGCCAAAAUUUUCAGCUACGGAUGGUCAUCGCCAUUAGCAUGCAAAAGAUGAGCACGGAAUAUGCUGGUCUUGCCGAUAGCUAUUAUCUUGCCGCCUUGCCAUACUUGGAGCCCACGUUGAAACGGAUGGAUAUCAGGGCUUUACAAUGUCUCGUACUGAUCGCCUCAUACUCAAUGUUGACACCCACUCGCACCGCUGCAUACUGGGUCGUCGGGACGGCCGCCAAACUCUGCCAGGACUUGGGAUUGACCGAAGAAGCCACAGUGACCAAAUCACCUUGUGGAAAACCCCUGAAUUCGUUGGAGAUCGAUAUGCGCCGAAGGUUGUUUUGGAUUGUUAUUUCCAUGGAGUUGGGGCUUUCUCACAGUCUCGGCCGUUGUAAUAGCUAUGCUGUCAGCCACAAUCAUUUUAAUGUGAAGUUCUUCGAGUUGGUGGACGACCGAUACAUUACCGCUGAGGGUGUCACUCCAGGUGCGAAACCCGUUUUGGCAAAAUGUAUUGCAGUCCACUUUUUCAAAAUGCGACUGCUGCAAUUGGAGGCCAGGCGAACACUCUACUUGAACAGAAGAGAGACCCCGGUCAAUGAUCAAGAUCCAUGGUUUUCACAAAUGUUGGCCAAAAUCGAUCACUGGAUGUCUACAUGUCCGAAGAACGACGAUGGCAGUGGAUUGAAUGUGAAGUGGUUCCAAGGAAGACGAAACACGAUCGUUAUUCUAAUGUACCGUCCAUCGCCUCAAGUCCCUGAACCAUCUGUUGAGGCUGCGAAAACGUGCUACGAAGCGGCGAUUUUCAACAUCGCCAUGCAUAAAGAGCAGAUGGUCACUGGAUCUGUCGAUCUAACAUGGGUGUUUGUGCAAGCCCUUUUCAUGGCUUUGAACACUGUGCUCUGGACUCUAUCGUAUCCCGAAAUCAGAAAGGAGCACAGCAUUGAGGAAGUCCAAGGUCAUUUAGAUAUGGCCCUGGAAGUGAUUGUAUUUUCCGCCGAACGAUGGCCUGGCGUUCAAUCCGCCCUGCUUCUCUACAAGCGCCUCGUUGCCGCAUGCUUGAAGGCUUAUUCCACCGAAGAAUCGUUUGUCGUGCAUUCACCAUCCAACCAUCCGACACCGACCUCCUCAACGGGGUUGACCCCUCCAGCCAUGUCCAGUCCGUCAAGUAGCACGACUGCUUCUUAUUAUUCCCACAACCACCGUGGCGGAAACGUAUCAAUUGGCGACACUGCCUCUAGCGGGACCUACUCCAGAGGGCAAUCUGCUGAUCCAGCUUACACACAAGAAUCAACUCCUCCCGCAGCGGCCCUCGCAGCGGCCCCUGCUCCAUUCAAACAACAACCCCACCACCCACCCGCAUCUUCUGCUUUCGAUAUGCAACAACCACCUGCAGGCCAGAAUUCGGCACCACGGUAUGCACCACCAGCUUACAGUGCUCCAACCUCCCUUUAUCCGGAUGUAUCAAUCGAUCCCAAUACCCCAUAUAACACGAUACCCUCCGUUGUUCCCGGUCUGCAAGGCUGGGAUCCCAACUUCUCGCUUGCCUCUACAACUGCGGGCCAUCUGGCGUACGUCGAUGCAACCGUCGACCCCAUGAACUGGACUACCUCGAUUGGAGACCAGUACUCUCAAUACUUUAACGAGCCAUUCCCGGUGCCUUCAUGGCGCGAACGCACACUCAGUCAGCAAGAACAGAUUGAGCUUUUGGCCUCCCUGGAGCACAAUAUACCUGAUGUAUCUGACCAGCUGGUAAAUGAAUAUCACGCUUGGUAUCAGUCAUGA